AUGAGUUACCAGAGCUUGGGGGAUAACAACCAAGGGGGCUACGGCCAGUACAACCCGUACGGUAGUCAGCAGCAGAAUCCCUACGGCAGCCAGGAGCAGAGCUAUGGAUACGGUGGUGGCUACGGCCAGGCCGGUGCCAUGGAGUCUGGAAACGGUGGCUACGGUAUGUGUCAAUUCGACCGCGUCGUGGUGACCCGCGCUGACGAUAAUAUAGAAAUGUCCAACAUGAACCAGCCCUCCGGCGGCGGACCGACCGCGAUCCUGAACAAGUGCAAGGAGCUCAACGAGGGAAUCGCCGAAUUGACCACAAAGCGCGAGACUCAGCUCGCCCACGCCCAAAAGGCCCUGCUCGACUCGAGCACCGGAAAGGAGGACCAGGCUUCACGUCAGACACUCGACUACAUUGAGGAUGAGAUCAACACUGCGCUGCGCUACCUGCGCGAUCAGUUCAAGCGCAUCAAGGAGACCCCCGGAUCAGGCGACAGCCGUGUCUCCGGCCAGGUCGAGAACGUCAGCCGCAACCUCCGCCGUGAGAUCGAGCAAUACCAGCGCACACAGAGCGAUUUUCAGAAGCGUCUGGAGGAGCAAGUGCGCCGCCGAUACGAGAUCGCCAACCCCGAGGCUACCCCCGAGGAGUUGGAGCAAGGUGUGCAGAACGUUCUUAUGGGUCAAGAGCAGAGCUUCAUGGUUCCCGGUACCCGUACUCGCCAGGCCAACGAUGCCCGCCAGGCAACUCUUCAGCGUUCCGCCGCCAUCCGCAAGAUCGAACAAGACCUGAUCGCGCUCAGCGAGCUGUACAACGAAAUCGCCGAGCUGGUGCACCAGCAGGAGCCAGCUGUUGAACAAAUCAACCAGGGCGCCCAGGAGACACACCGCAACGUCGAGCAAGCCAACACCAAGUUGGACAGCGCAAUUAAGAGCGCAAAGAACGCCCGUCGUUGGAAGUGGUAUGCCUUGAUCAUCGUUAUCAUCAUCAUUGCCAUUGUUGUCGGUGUCGCCGUCGGUGUCGUCGAGUCCAACAAGAAGAACUGA